CGGGGAGAGUUUCGAUCAGCUGUUCUGUCGAGCUCCGCUCGGCUACCGCAUGGAAGUGGUGUCUAUUCCGCGUACUUCGCGCUGAUACUCGCCCCGAUAAAGCAGCCUCAUGUGUGCCAUGAGAGUUCAUCCGUAGUCCAUUUUGACGGAGUUGUAGUGGAAGACAAGUGUCUAAGCGGUUCCAGAGUGCAUCAGAUGUGCGGACCUCAGUCGUCAUGAUCUUGAAAGCAACCCUUCUCCGGUCAGCCAGGGUAUGGCCUCUCAAAAGGAAUCUCUCAUCGGACUUGAAAGGCGUCGUAGGCCUAGAAGUCCAUGUGCAGAUCGCGUCAAAGAGCAAACUGUUCUCAUCCGCUCCGACGGCCCCGGGACCUGCAAAUUCGCAAGUGGCUCCUUUCGACGCAGCUAUACCCGGAACACUCCCAGUCCUGAACCGUCAAUGCGUCGAGGCUGCUGUGAAAACGGCGCUGGCAUUGAAUUGUAGAGAAAUAAAUCAGAUCAUGCGCUUCGAUCGGAAGCACUACUUCUACGCAGAUAUGCCGGCCGGUUUUCAAAUUACUCAGCAAUUCCAUCCCGUCGCGAGAAAAGGAUUGCUCACUUGCCAGAUUCAGAGACAUCCAACAGCCAAGCCUGAAGCGAUCCGGUGCAGAGUCCACCAGAUCCAAUUAGAACAGGACUCAGGGAAGAGCAUCCACGACGAAAACGCCAACGUGAGCCUGAUCGAUCUGAAUCGAGCGGGUGUUGGACUCCUGGAAAUCGUGUUCAAGCCGGACCUGAGCUCCGGUGAGGACGCAGCAGCCCUCGUCAAGGAACUUGUCGCAAUCGUGAGAGCGCUCGGAGUCAGUACGGGACGCAUGGAGGAAGGUGCUGUACGAGUGGACGCAAACGUCUCGGUCCACAGACCCGGGACUCCGCUUGGCACGAGAACCGAAAUAAAGAACAUGAAUUCUGUCAGAUCGGUGAGACACGCGAUCGAUUAUGAAAUCAAACGUCAGAUCCGCAGCGUCGAGUCGGGAAUACCUGUCGCCAACGUCACGAUGACUUUCGACACGGAAUCGGACAAAACCGUCGUCAUGCGCGACAAAGAGAUAACUCAGGAUUAUCGCUUCUUCCCUGAGCCGAAUAUCCCAUCGGUGGACGUGAAGCAGAUGGGCAUCAACGUGGACAGGCUGAGGAAUACUCUCCCUCCGCUGCCGGGUGAGCAGCGGGAAGACCUCAUGCAACGGCUCGGACUGAGUUUCAGAGCGGCGAUGGUCAUCACGAGCGAGGAAAAUUUCUUCGAGUUCUUCAGCGAAGUUCUCUUGAUCUUGGACUCGAAGCACGCUGGAGAUGCAGAGUACGUGUUGACCUGCGACGUGUUGGGAUAUCUGAAUGAGAAAUCCCUCAGUUUGUACCAAACGGAAGUGACGGCGCAAAAUUUCGCAAAGCUGAUCCUGCUGAAAGCGACGCGUAAAGUUAAUCGUCAGAGAUGCUCAAAUAUAAUACGAUUGAUGCUCGAGGAUGGGACCGAUCCUGAAGAAAUUCUCGAGAAGAAUAAUUGGUCGCUCAUCGCGGAUACAACCUUAAUCUCGAGACUCUGCGACGAAGCCAUAUCUCUGUAUCCCAAAGAGUGUAACAAACUACGCCAAGGAAAAGAGCGAGCUGCCAACAAAAUGCUCGCACACGUGCGAAGAGCAACGGACAGUCGAGCCGAUAUGGUCCUCGUCAAGAAAAUUCUUUUGGAAAGGAUCCACGCGGCAAAUGCUCUAAGGGAUGAGAUUCAGAUAGGUAGAUGAGCGGGAGACGGCACCCGGUCGAGACGCAUGCAUCGUCAGGGGUGGAAACCUGCUCACGAAGUACAGAUGUGGUUUUGUUGACUAUUGGAUGUAGCACAUUAGAGUUACAUGAACUGCGUUUACAGUAAUUUGUAAAUAAAU